CCCGCCCAGGCCCCUGCUGGCUGCGCUCCCUCGGUCCGGCACGGCACGCGGGCGGCCCGCCAGGAUGCAGGCCGCGCACAAGGAGCACCUGUACAAGCUGCUGGUGAUCGGCGACCUGGGCGUGGGCAAGACCAGCAUCAUCAAGCGCUAUGUGCACCAGAACUUCUCCUCGCACUACCGGGCCACCAUCGGCGUGGACUUCGCGCUCAAGGUGCUCCACUGGGACCCUGAGACAGUAGUGCGCCUGCAGCUCUGGGACAUCGCAGGUCAAGAAAGAUUUGGAAAUAUGACAAGGGUCUAUUACAGAGAAGCUAUGGGCGCAUUUAUUGUCUUCGAUGUCACCAGGCCAGCUACAUUUGAAGCAGUGACAAAGUGGAAAAAUGAUUUGGACUCAAAGUUAAGUCUUCCUAAUGGCAAACCAGUUUCAGUGGUUUUGUUGGCCAACAAAUGUGACCAGGGGAAGGAUGUGCUCACGAACAAUGGCCUCAAGAUGGACCAGUUCUGCAAGGAGCAUGGUUUCGUAGGAUGGUUUGAAACAUCAGCCAAGGAGAAUAUAAACAUUGAUGAAGCCUCCAGAUGCCUGGUGAAACAUAUACUUGCAAACGAGUGUGACCUGAUGGAGUCCAUUGAGCCGGACGUCGUGAAGCCCCAUCUCACAUCACCCAAGAUUGUCAGCUGCUCCAGCUGUGCCAAAUCCUAGUAGGCUUCUUUGCUGGCAUAUGAUGGAAAUAAUCCCAUUUAUCUCAUGUCUCAGUUCUUAUCAAUUUGAGUAAAUGUCAGGAUAGGGAUACACAUGCAGCAAGCCAAAGAUCUAUGCCUGUAUAUUUCCUAUAAGAGAGAAAAAUAGCAAAUGUUCUUUUCAUGUUUUUCCCAGCAUCAGCACAGUGUUUACCAGCUUGUUAAAUAUUUAGUCUGUUACAAAAUUCUGUCUUGUAGCCGACCACAGUUCUGGAGGGCCACAGUUCUGGAGGGCCAGCGUCUGCCCUGUUAUUUUCUUCUUGGAUUCGGCCAUGGCCUCUAGUCUUAAAGAGAAAGGGGAGAAGAGCAGACUAGCUGUCAAGUUCAGCACUGGCUUUCACUUUGCCCCUGGUGCCUUUGUCCAGAUUUCAAUACACUUUCUGCUGGGCUGACAGGCCUAUUAAGUAGAAAUGUUUUUUUCUCCAGAGAUGACCUCCAUUUCCAACAGCCCUGAGUUGUCUCUGAUUUAGCCCUUCAGAGUCGAGUACACAGGCUUCCUGUGCUUUUCUUGCUUUUAUUGUCCCUUGCCAUGCCCUGAAUGUUGGUUUAAGUGAAAACUGUAUGAAAAGACUUGCCUCCAUAUGUGCCUUUCUGUUCACUUUCUCUGACUUAAGCCGUGGGGCUCUUCUGUUCAUGUAAUAUAUAUU